AUGACGACGACGGUGAGCGCCCUUGGGCCUUCCAUCUACGAAGUCCUCGGCCAUUUCAAACCAAACAUCGCGUUUCUCAAAGCUUUCUUCUCGACAUGGCUGAAGCUCGACCUGACGACCCUCGCUGCCGCGCUCACCAUCUUCAAUACCAUUUCAGGCGCCGCAGGCAUUGUUAAGGCCUUAGCGAUGAAGACCUAUUGGUACUUUACGAAGUUCUUCACCGCUUCGAUCUCCAUCGCUCCUAGCGAUAAGCUGAACCGAGAGAUCUUGAACUGGAUCGGGUCACAGGUUCUCACCCGCCAGGGAACCCGAAUUCUGACUGCACGAACGGAAACGAUCGAGAACAACCCUUACUAUUUUAGGAGGGCACCGACGGAGAGAAAUGAUUUGAUUCAGGAGAAACGAGUACCGGUUCAGUACCUACCAACCUUCGGAACGACCUGGUUCGUAUUUGAGCGCAGGAUCUUCCUGGUGAAGCGUAUCUCUCCCCGUAAUAGUGCCGGAUCAGUGCCUGAUGAGUAUGCCGCUGCUCCAAGUGGCAAAGAACCACUUGUUGUGAUGGUCCUGGGAAGCGAUGUGGCUCCGAUCAAGCGCUUUCUCGACCACUGCCGUGAGUUUGCCGACAAGCAACGGGAGGCAUACAUCACCGUGCACGCUUCAAAGUCGGAAUAUCAUGGCGAAGCUUGGGAUACUACCAUCCUGAGACCCAUUCGGCCGAUCGAGACGGUCCAUUUUGACGAGACCACCAAGUCCGAACUUGUCGCAGAUAUUGAGAGCUACCUGGACCCCGUCACCCGCAGAUUCUAUAAUACUAGGGGGAUACCUUAUAGGAGAGGUUACUUGUUCCAUGGUACUCCUGGGACAGGGAAGACUUCGCUUUCCCUUGCCCUCUCCGGUAAAUUCGGUCUUGAUCUAUAUCUGCUGCAUAUCCCCAGUAUUCGUGAGGACAUGGAGCUAGAAAGAUUGUUCACUGCGUUGCCUCCUCGCUGCAUCGUGUUACUUGAGGACAUUGACGCCGUGGGAAUGAGACGCCAGCCCGUCAUGGGUAUGAAGAAAGAGAAAGGUAAGAAAGAGGAAGAUGGCGGUGAGAAAGAAGAUUCGGAAGACGAUUCGGAAGAUGAUUCGGAAGAUGAGACUGAAGAUGAAGACAAGGUGGCACUUCGCUGUCGCUGUACCUUGUCCGGCCUCCUGAACGUCCUGGAUGGAGUAACAUCUCAAGAAGGACGAAUCGUAAUCAUGACCUCCAACCACGCGAAGAAGCUUGACAAAGCACUCCGCAGAACUGAUGUUCCUCCGGAUGUAUACUCCGGACGCAAGUGCCGCCCCUCUCAACUCUCCGCUACUCGAAGACGGUGUCUGGAGAAAUUGUCUCUGGAGUUCAAAAUUCAUAUUCCGGACAACAUGUUCACCCCUGCGCAGCUGCAGGGGUUUCUGCUGAACCAUCGCAGCUCUGCCUCGGCGGCGGCGAGGUACAUCAAGGACUGGGUAAGAGAAGAGAAGGACAAGACGGAUGAGGCGAGGCAGAGAUCCAGGCAGAUUGCGCAGUGGAAGAAGAAGAAUAAGAAGGAGAGAGCUUUGAAGGCGUUCACGAGCAGUGUGGGAGGACCACCUGGUGGAAUGGAGGCGCGAGCAGCGGCGAUCAUACGAGCAAGUGAAUUGGAGAGAGAGAAGCGGAUUGAAGAAAAGGAGAUGAAUAAAGCCAUCAAGAAUGGCGAGCUUAUUCUCGAUGGGAAGGGAACCGGGCCGGUGGACAAAUCGGAAGAAGCUUCCGGGCCGACGGAGCUGAGUGGUAAUGAGGGCGUUGGGACUAAAGAAGAUGUGAAGGUGGAAGUGCGGGAGGAGACUGAAUCAACGAGUCCCAAGGCAGAGCCAAAUCCGACAUCUCACUCGCCGGAUUUGCGAAAGUGUUUCAUCGAUGUCCGCGGUAUCCACCAUCCCCCUGUGAAAGUUGGGACAUCCAGAAUUCCUGCGUCGAUAUUCUUGCCUCAAUAUUCUAGAAAGCACCGAUACUCAACUCGACCACACAUCUCAAACUCCAAGAAGCUAGCCUUUCCAAAGUACCUAAAAGUCUCGCAAGAAAACCCCCAACUACUCUCUACUUCCAGCUCUAGGCUUCAUAAAUCUCUGGACGAGGCCAGCAGCGUCCUCAGAGACCCUCUACCUUCAAUCCGCCCGCCCCGUCCAUAG